CUCGAACGCAUUGACCAGUCGGCCGAGAUUGAGGCCCUUGAGGGGACUCUCCGGGUCAAGGAGCUUUCUCCUCGCCUUCAGCUUGGACAGGCUGGGUAUCGACUCCGCGGUGUUUUUGUACUCGCGGCAGAUCCGCUGCUGGCGCUCGCGCGCGAGGCGGACGAUGUCUGUCAGUUUGAAGAGGCGGCAUUCUUUGAGGUAUCUUUCGGAGCGUGGACGGGGCAGGUCCGUGGGGUCGUUGUGUGGCGUCAUGAUGAUAUCAGCUUCGGUGCGGGGCAGGGUCAUUCAACGUGUGCGCGCGUCGGGGAGUAGUAAAGCGUAAGUGCGAAAAAAACGUGUACAGUCGGAUGGAACAGUCAAUUAGAUGUUGGAGGUAAAGCUAGAGGUCGUGAAAAGUCCUUUGUCUAGAGUGGCACGCCAGCGUGCGGGGAAGCGGUAGGGGGUGAAGAGAAACCUGGGAAAGAGCCAAAGCAUACGAGAGGCCAUCCUUGCAGGGAAUAUAAAGGCCUGACGGAGAAAGGAAGAAAACAAAAAGCGCGCAAUGCCGAAAGGCUCCCUCCUCUUCUGCGGGGAUUGCGGUACGCUAUUAGACCUGCCCCACGGCGACGAGGCGUCAGUGAAAUGCGAGCAAUGCGGGCACAAGGAACCGGCCAAAUCAUAUGAGAACAUCGAGAUCACGACGCGAUCCCACCCAGACGCGUUUCCGUCCGUGCUGAGACAGAAGCGAAAGACGCAGACCAAGACGCACGAGGGCUCAGAUGCCCAGCUCAAGGUAACCGAAAAGUGCCCCGAGUGCGGGCACAUGGAAGCCUUUUCGAAGGAAAUCCAGAUGCGCAGCGCCGACGAAGGGUCUACCAUUCUUUAUACAUGUGUCGCUUGCAGGCACGGAUGGCGCGUCAACAAUUAA